AUGGAUCUUCAGACGCUCUCAAACUUGUUCGCGACCACUCUCAACCCAAAUCCAAAUGUCCACAAGGCUGCAGAACUGGAAAUCAGAAGGAUCAGUGGACAAGAGGGCAUGCCUGCAGCCCUCCUUCAGAUCAUCGGUUCCGAUAACGUCGACCUUGCAACACGCCAAGCGUGUUCAGUCUUCCUCAAAAACCGCGUCGCCAACUCGUACGCCCUCGACCCCGCCCGCACGCACCCCGACAACCGGAAUCCAAUCGCGCCCUCUGACCGCGCGGCCCUCAAGUUAUCUGUCCUUCCCUUACUCUCAGAGUCUCCUUCUCGCGCAAUUACUGUCCAGCUAGCGAGCACACUCAAGACACUCGUCUCACACGACUUCCCCGACCGAUGGCCUGAGCUCAUGUCCAGCGUUAAGCAGAUGCUCGCCAGCACCAACAUCAGGGAACUCGGUGCGGGGUGCAUCGUCGUCCUUGAGAUGAUCCGCGCAUUCCGCUACCGUCAACGGAGCGACGUCCUCCCGCAAAUUGUGGCCGAGCUCUUCCCGACACUUGUCAACAUCGCCACGCAGCUCCUAUCAUCCCCACCCGCGGGCGCAGAGCAGGAAAUCCCCGCGAUCCUGCACGUCAUCCUCAAGACGUAUCGCUCCUCAAUCAUCCUCAAUCUUAGCGCACAUCAGCAGAGCGCGGAGAGUCUAGUUCCCUGGGGCCGCCUGCUCUUCCAGGUCGUGAACCUUCAGAUCCCCGCUGAGGCAGUGCCUGCCGACACCGACGCGCGCGAGCGGAGCGAGUGGUGGAAGGCCAAAAAAUGGGCGUACGGUGUCCUUGGGCGGUUGUUCCAUCGCUUCGGUAACCCAUCGCAGCUCCCGAGCGCGAUGCGCAUAGAGUACGGCGUGUUCUCACACCAUUUUGUCGAGUCGUUUGCGCCGGAAAUCUUCAAAAUCUACCUCCAGCAGGUCGAGCUCUACGUCUCGGGCCAGGCAUGGCUCUCGAAAAAGUGCCAGUACCAGAUCUUCACUUUCUUCACUGAGUGCGUGAAGCCGAAGUCAACUUGGGCACUCCUUAAGCCCCACUUUGAAAUGCUAGUCUCGACAUUCGUAUUCCCGAACCUAUCGUUCACGCCCGAGAAGCAGGAGCUCUGGGACACCGACCCGGUUGAUUACGUGCGCACGUCCGUCGACGAGUAUGAGAACUACUCGUCGCCUGUUUCCGCCGCAACAACCUUCCUGUUCCAGCUGGUCAGUAGCCGCUCUAAGACUACAUUCAUGCCCAUCCUUGGCUUCGUCAACAGCGUCCUUGCUUCCAAUCCCGCCGCACCCCAGCGGUUUGGCGCACUGAACAUGACCGCCGCACUUGGACCCUUCAUCAUGCGUCACGCUGAGGUCAAAAAUAACAUGGCUCAAUUCAUGUCGCAGCAUGUAUUGCCCCAGUUUACCAGCCCCGAGGGAUACAUGCGUGCUAUCGCUUGCGAGGUCCUUGGCACGGUAGAGCGUGCUGAUAUUACGUGGGACUCUGAAGAGAACAUGAACGCGCAUUUCAGAGCCGUCGCCGCUGUCAUGGACGACCCUGAGCUGCCCGUGCGCGUGCAAUCUGCUCUGGCGCUGACGGAGAUGGUCACUACCCAUGAGCAAGUGAGGGCGGCGGUAGCGCCCCAAGUCGGCAAGGUCAUUCAAGACCUUCUGAAGUUGUCAGACGAGACCGAUCUCGACAUCUUGAACAGCAGCAUGGAGGCCAUGGUAGAACAGUUCCAGGAUGAGCUGCUCCCUGUCGCGGCACAGCUCACCGCACGUCUAUGUGACUCGUACCUCCGCCUUGCACGCGAGAGCCUCGUGCAGGACGAAAAUGCGCCGAAGGGCGCUGACUUGGAUUCGCUCAUGGAGUCGGACGGCGACGACGACAAGACGUAUGCCGCCAUGGGUGUCGCGAAGACCAUUUCGACAAUCGUCUCCUCUAUCGACUCUUCGCCUGAGAUUCUUGCCCAGGUUCAGGAGGUCAUUAUUCCGAUCAUCACGUUCACGUUGGAGAACAAGCUCCUGGAUCUAUUUGACAACAUGUACGACCUGGUCGAUAGCCUCACGUUCAAGACGCAUCAGAUCUCGCCCAACAUGUGGCCGAUCUUCGAGAUAACAUACACUCUCUUCAAAAGCGACGCCAUUGACUUCCUCGACGAGAUGUUGCCGUCCUUGGACAACUUUGUUUCGUACGGAACUGAGAUGUUCAAGGCGCGCGCAGAUUACAGGCAAAUGAUCCUCGACAUCUACACUACAUCGAUCACCAACCAGCAACUUGGCGAGAACGAUCGCGUCAACGGCUCUAAGCUUGCUGAAGCGAUGCUUCUUAAUUUGCGCGGCCAUGUCGACGAUGCUUUGCAAUCGAUCAUCAACACCGCACUUGGCCAGCUCGACUCCGCGAACUCCACUGCGUUGCGUCUCGCGAAUCUUGAGGUUCUCAUCAAUGCAGUUCUGUACAACCCCGCCGCGGCGCUGCAGCUCAUGGAGCAGUACCGCGCGGGCAUGUCACGCGAGUUCUUCGACCGCUGGUUCGCGGCGAUCAACUCAGACAGCCGUCUACCGCGCGUCCACGACAAGAAGCUCACUAUCGUCGCGCUGUCUGCGGCGAUGGAGAUGGACCCCGCUGCCAUUCCCGAGGUGUUGCGUGACGGAUGGCACGGUAUCGUGGCCGGUGCGCUUAAAGUAUUCAAGGAGUUGCCAAAGGCCAUCGCUGGACGUAAAGCUCUGCAAGAUGCGUUGCAGGAAGAAGUUGAAGAUGAUGUCAGCGAUGACUAUUUCGACCUAAAUAAUGAGGACGAUGGUGAGCAUUCAGUCCCUCGCUUGCAUGAUGCGUCUGACUCGAUGAUUUCAGAUGACAUCUGGGACCAGGAUUCCGCAUACAUUGAGAUGCUGGCGAAUGAGGGUGUUCGCCUGCGCGAGCAGUCGGAAAAGGAGGGUGACAACGACGCUGCUUCAGAUACCUCUAGCGACUCGGAGAUCGACGAAGAGUUGGGCUUCAUCAGCCCUCUCGACACCGUUGACCCGUACAGUGUUUUCCAACAAGCGUUGACCACGCUCCAAACAAAGAAUGCCCCGAUGUACCAGGCUGCGACGACGUCGCUGGACGUCGAGCAGCAGACGCUGUUGAUGGAAGUGAUGCGCAUUGCGGUGACGCAGCAGAGCGGAGAGAACGGUUCGGCAUGA